ACUUGCCACAGUUUGCUUCUUGUUGGGAACCCUACUAAUUCAGAUAUUACAAACCUUUGCUGAUUUUAUUUAGGUCUGAAUUUGUUGGCUAUGGUUUAUUAUUAAAAAUGGCUUCUCUCGUCAAAUUCUGUAAAAUUCCGAACAAGUUACUACCGAAAAAUGGUGUUUACAUGUACAAUAUAGUAAGAAACAAUAUGAUCAGAGACUUUAAACCGGGACCAUAUCCAAGAACGGAAGAAGAGAAGGCAAAGGCAGCAGAAAAAUAUGGGCUCUCCCGGGAAGAUUACAAACCAAUUCCUGAUGAUGAUGGAUGGGGUUUGGGAGAUUACCCUGACCUUCCUCGUGUUGGCGCGGAAUCCAAAGAUAAUUUUUACCCAUGGGAUUAUCCUAAUCUAAAGAGGAAUUUUAACGAACCGCUCCACAUUGAGUUCAAUAUAAUCUCAGAAGACCGGUGGAAUCCAACCGCUAACCUACGAUACCCCAUGUAUGUCUAUUGGCUUACAUUUUUAGGGAUUAUAGGUGGAUUUGCCACUCUGUACUGUAUAUUUGACAACUACAAAGUAGUUCAACCGAGGAUGCCAAAACAGUACCCUAAGGAUGGUAUGCCACACUACACGUUCGAACCUCUACACUAAAGAUAUUCACUAGCAGGUCAAACAAUGAUGUAGACGAAACGUAAUAAAAAUAUACAACAUUAA